AUGGGGACUAUUACUGUUGGAUUCCAUCUUUUUUUUUUCAUUCCCACAAUUGCAUUGCACGCCCAUGCCUCAUCUCAGGAGGCGCAUCUCACAAAGUUCCUCUCGUCUAAAAGAUCCAGAAGCAACAUCAGCAACAAAAUUGGUGAUCCUACUAGUUUCCAUGGCGGAUCAUUUCUCGGAAUCGCCAGCAGCCCCCGAACAGAUGGGUACUCAGGCUCCGACCACAUCGCUAUGAAGGCGGCCGACAAGAUCUCGGCGCUACCAGGACAGCCGGAGGGCGUCGACUUCGACCAGUACGGCGGGUACGUGACUGUCGACGACCAUAAUGGCCGCGCACUCUUCUAUUACUUCGUGGAAUCUCCCGGCAACCCGAUGGCGAAGCCACUCCUCCUAUGGCUCAACGGAGGGCCUGGGUGCUCGUCGUUGGGCUUCGGAGCGAUGCGAGAAUUGGGCCCUUUCCGGGUGAACAGAGACAACCAAACUCUCACUAGGAACAACCAUGCCUGGAACAAUGCCUGUAAACAGCUUUGA